UAACAUUAGCAACACCGAGGAAGACAUAUAGUGACCGGCGUUCAUUUUGUGCAGUAUUAAUGUACUUGGGAGUCAUUGAACGAUCUAUCUACAAGUAAUGACUGGAGACGUGACAUGCAAAUGAUUUUUACACUUGUGCAAACAUUUUUAUGGAUGUGAACAAAUUUGAGAAGAUAACGAUAGAUUGAGAACCAGUAUAUCACGAAAGUAUAGUCAGAACACAGAAAGUAUAAACAUCUUGUGUAGUUGCGGAUAACUUUGUAAAUGUUGAGCAAAGAAAAAAACUCGAAAAAGAUGCCAGUCAUGGGGCAACUUAUUCGCAUAAUUCACAGGCUGGUAGAACUCAUUGCAAGAGGAUUUUUCCUUAUCAUUGCGUACAUUAGCGGACCAGCGGAGUCGCAGCCUCCAAUUAAAGACCUGACAUUAUUGCAUAGUGCCACAGCGCUUGCCAUUAAAAUACGAAAUAGACAAUUAACAUCGGAGGAAGUCGUGACGUCUUAUAUUGAGAGAAUUAAAGAAAUUCAACCAAUAUUGAAUUGCGUAGUGGAGACACGCUUUGAAGAAGCUUUAGAGGAAGCUAGAAAAUGUGAUGAAAUGUUGAAAAUGGCUAAUGCACCCAGUAUAGAAGUUUUAGCAAAAGAGAAACCGUUUUUAGGGGUGCCCUUUACCACUAAGGAUUGUAUAGGUAUAAAAGGAAUGAGACAAACUGCAGGUUUGGUUAUUCGAAAAAACAGUAUUGCCGAGAAGGAUGCAGAAGCGGUACGAUUAAUGAGACUAGCUGGUGCAAUUCCUCUUGCUACGACAAACGUCUCAGAAUUGGGAAUGUGGUGGGAAAGUAGUAACUGCAUUUAUGGUACCAGUCGGAAUCCAUACAAUACAAGGCACAUUGUCGGUGGCUCGUCAGGUGGUGAAGGUUGCAUACAGGCUGCAGCUGGUUCUCCAUUUGGAAUCGGAUCUGAUAUUGGUGGAUCCAUUCGAAUGCCAGUUUUUUUCAACGGAAUUUUUGGUCACAAACCAUCCAAAGGUAUUGUAUCCUAUGAAGGCCAAUUUCCUAGUCCUCUCAGUGAAGAUCAGGGUCAGCUUUUAGGAGUAGGACCAAUGUGUAGAUACGCCCAAGACUUGCUCCCAAUGCUCAAAUUACUUGUUAAUAAAGAUUGCGAAGCAGUAAAGUUAGAUACGAAAGUUGAUAUAUCUAAGAUCAAAUUCUAUUAUAUGGAGGAUGAUGGUGGUCAGUAUUGCGUGUCGCCUGUGGACCCAGAGAUAAAAAAUAGUAUGAGGAGGGUUAUACAUUAUUUAGAAAAAGCACAUCAAGUAAAAGCUGCAAAGGUGAACAUCAAGAAAUUAAGGAAAAGUAAUGCUCUUUGGUUGGCUAAUAUGGCUUGUAAGGAUGGCAAGGGUUUUGCUUAUGAAAUGACAAAUAGAAAAAGUCAAGUCAAUCUACCUUUUGAAUUUUUGAAAUGGGCUUUAUGUAUAAGUCCACAUACACUUAUUGCACUUCUUACUGCUGCCUUUGAGAAAUUCGGCGUGAAAUAUGGCAGUGAGGAGCAUGUAAAGCUCAUACAAGAAAGCAGAGAGCUUUAUCAAGAGUUCAGGGAUAUGCUAGGCGAGGAUGGAGUAUUUCUUUAUCCUACACAUCCAACCGCAGCACCAAUGCAUCAUGAACCUCUCAUCAAACCAUUCAACUUCUCAUAUACUGCUAUUAUAAAUGUUUUGGGUCUACCAGUUACUGCAUGUCCAUUGGGUUUGAACAAGCAAGGAUUACCGAUUGGUAUACAGGUUAUUGGAGGCCUCUACCAAGAUCAUUUAACUCUAGCCAUAGCUGAGGAAUUGGAAAGAGGUUUCGGAGGCUGGGUUCCUCCACAAAUACUGGCAUAAGAUAUGGUGUUAUGAUAGUAUUAUAAGAAUAUAACUAUGUUGGUUCAAACCUGUGACUUACCAGUCAUGCCUGUAUAAGUCACCCUGAAAAACUUCACUAUCAGCAAACCAUGUCUUUGCCAGUUAAAUUUUAGUUUUAUUUCUUUUUUACACAUAGUGAGAAUUGUGGAGGUUUUUCUAUAUUAUUUAUGUAUUCUGAGAUGAAUCCAAUACUUUACUGUUUUAUAUGGUGGUUGAUGCUAAGCAGCAUGUAAACUCUAAUGUCAUCUUUAAGAUUCUUGAAACACAACCUCUAUCGUAUUAAACAUCUUAUAGAUGACUAUUAGAUGGUAUGUGUUAUCUGGGAUAUUAAGUCAUAAUGAAUAAGGACAAGUACAAGUCACUCAACAAACUUAUUCGUCUGAUGGAUAUACAUACACAUAAAGCUAUGUAUUCAGAUAGACUACUAUUUUUAUAUACCUCAUUUAUCUGUAUAAAAAAAAUUUUAUGAGACCACAGGAAGCAUAGUGGUAGAAAAUGCUUCUGGUAACCACAAAACAAAUGUAAAUGCUUCGAUGUUAUUUAAAGUAUGAAAACAGAAAACAUUUAAUGACAUUAGUCCAAUAUAUAUUUUACAUAUUGAAAAAUAAA